UACAGGCACAGAGAGGGGAAAAAACUUCAUAAUUAACAGUACGUGGGGGUGAAAAUUCAGUGUGUAAAACGACGAACACGUUAUUAAGCAUUUAUUAGCAAAAGAAACGAAUCACGAACGUUGUCUGACUCCUCCGUGAGUCAGCAGUGUCAGUUAGGCGAACGUUUAUUAUUAUUGCCCUGAAUAGAGCAGGAAUUCCCCUCAAGUCCCUACAGGAUAUGAUGGCACAGUAAUAACUACUGCUUUCGUUUUCACUUGAAUAUUUAGUUACAGGUGCUUCAGUGUGAACGAUGGACGAGGAACACAUCCAGGCGAAGCUCGUUACUAUGCUGAAACAGGACAAAAUUCAGCUCUGGACUCCGCCGUUUACUACAGAGACUCAUGAAGCUGGUCAUGAACACCUACAGGAGCUUGCUGCUAGAUAUUCCCAGAUGGUGGGAUUCCCCCAGCAUGAAGUAGCGAUUGCCCUGGAAACCAUAAGAUCACAGGCUGUGAAAAAAGGGAAAGGAAACAAAACCUACAGGGAGACAAAUAUUGCAACUCUGGAGAUCAUUCUACCAAAGGGAAAUAAAAAGAAAAACUACUUAGAAACAAAACUGGAUAUUACCGCUCAGGAUCUAAUGAAUAAGAUCAAAGAGGAAUUUGAACUCAAAUACAUAAAGCUAAUUGUGAACGGGAAAAUGUUGUUUCCAGAAAAACGACUCGAUGAACAGAACGUGAAGAACAACAGUAAAGUCAUGGUGCUGAAGUUGAGUGAACCUGAAGGGAAGAAAGCGAUGAUCGAAGAAGAACAAAAGAACCGUUCGCAUGAUGAAAGUGUGCAGAGAACUCAAAAAGGUUUCGAGAUUCUCUCAGAAAGAGAUGGUAGUGAGGAUCCAGCGACCACACCCUUUCUGGAGAUUGCAGAUCAGAAAGGCAACCCCAUCCCGAUCCCUCUCCAUGAGAAAAAGGCACUCAUCCUAGCCAUGGGCUUCCAUGAGAAAGGCAGAGCUUUAAUGAAAAAGAAAGAAUACGAUGCAGCUGUCACUCACUUGCUUCAAGCAGAUGCACAGUUCGAAAAAUGCUGUUCUAUGCUGUUGAACACAGUGGAUAACUUCGCAGUGCUCCAGCUGGACAUCGUGUGGUGUUACCGUGCUCUGGAGGCGCUGUCCUGUCUGAAUGAUUGCAAACAGAGACUGCAGCGAGCUGAGAAUUGCUUCCUCAAAUGUUAUGGAGAAGAGCAGCAGAGAUUGCUGAAAAUCAAGGGAAAUACAGGUGGAGAGGAAGUUCUGUUUCUCAGGCUGUAUAUCCUUCAGAGUCUGCUGGCGUACCUGGAUGGCAAUGGGGAUCAAGCUGCUAAGAAACUUAAGCAGGGUGAGGAACUCUAUAAUCAACUGUGUCUGGACCCAGAGAAGAUGACCCAGCUGAUGAGUAUGGGCUUCUCAGAGCAGGAUGCUCGCCUGGGAUUGAGAGCCUGCAGAGGCAAUGUGGAGGCGGCCGUGAUCCACAUCACAUGCAGGACAAAGGAACGGGAGGAGAUAAAGCAGAGGGAGAGAAAUAAGAGAAGGCACCGUCUGGAAGCCAUCAACACCCUCGUCGAGCUGGGCUUCAGCAAGAAAGCAGCAGCACAGGCCCUCCAUAAGACUAGAGGAGAUGUGGAUGAAGCUUAUAGGCAUCUGUUGGAUUCAUCUGAAGCAAGCAGCUCUGGGAUCGCUCAGCCAGACUCAGACAGACAGACUAAAGUGGAUCAGCUUGCUUACCUGGGCUUCCAGAGGGAGGAAGUGGAGGAGGCUCUGAGGUUGAUGGGAGAUGAUAUCAGUCAGGCCACACAGCUACUUCUGGACUAUCAGGGUGUUAUCCCUGCAGAGCUACGCUCCCCAUCUCAGUCAUCCUCAUCAGAAGAGCCUAGCACCUCAUCAGAGGACACAGCAUCCGGGUCGAGUCCCCCAGAUGCUGAGCUGGUGAAUGAGGUUUUGGAGUACAUCCCAAGACAUGAAGAGGAUUAUUUGGAUGUGACUCUGGAGGAGGAGAGUGAGAUCAUUGCGCAAAUUAAGUCUUAUCUGGAGAAGAGCUCUGCACAAUCCAGCUGAAAUGCUGCUUGAAUGUGCUUUGUCCAGUCACGUGGGGUCAGUUUAGCGAGGAAGGUCAUCACUAACAUCAGCAUCAGAACUCUCAGCCUGAAUCAGCACUGGAUAAAAAGGCAAUAAUUGAAGCCAUUUUAAAAGCACUUUUGUUUUGAUCUGAUCACUUUUUCUUGUACAGUACUUUAUAGGAAAAGCUUAUUUCUGAUAUUGAUGCUGCAAGAAUAGGGAAAAAAAUAGUUUAUUAUUAUUGGAAGUUAUCUUUACUUUUAAAUGAAGCAUUUGAUUUAUCACUGCUAAAUGCAGGAUUUUUGAGUUUUGUGUUGGAAAAUUGCAGGUGUUCAGGAGCAUUUUUAUUAGUUUUCUGUUGAAAUGAAAAUCUUUAACUUUGUUAAAGUUUUGUUUAUCAUGCAAUAAAUUGAAAAGCUUUGCCUUUCUGAGCAUGGUGUUAAAUAUAAACAAUUCACUCCUUUAAAUUUAAUUUUAUUUAAUUAGCUUUCAUUAAGUUUGGAAAUGAAAUUACCAUUCAAUUGUUUUGAAUUAAAUUUUCUUUUCAUUUAAUUCCAUUAAACUAAUUAGUGACCUGUA